AUGACGACUGUGUCGUGGAUGUCGUCGGACUACCCUAUUGACAACUAUGACGGGCCUCCUCGCAAUGUCGCAUACAUCAACCAGCUAGACUUCGACUCGGAUCUUCAGCCCGUGAAGUAUGAGAUCGCCGGCACAGCUCCUUCUUCCAAAGUUCUCAUCCUAGAUGUGGAAAUUCUGGAAGCCACUGGCCGGGAGCCAUACAGAGGUGACGUCCUCAUCGCAGGUCAAAGAUUUGCCCAUGUGGGCAAAGUUCCCAACAAAGAAGCACUCCUGGCAGAUUCCAGUGUGCGUGUUUUCUAUGGAAAAGGCCGCACGUUAAUGCCGGGCCUAGGAGACUCUCAUACCCACUUUACCUGGAACGGGGGUGACCUGGAUCGACUCGGUGAUCUCGGCGUUGAGGAGCAUACGCUCCUCACUGCGAGGAGCGCUGAAUGCUUCCUGGAUUCCGGGUACACUAUGUGUUUCGGAGCCGCAUCUGCCAAGAAACGCUUAGAUGUCGUUAUUCGGGACGCGAUCAAUGCUGGAGAUAUUCCGGGGCCCCGUUUUCUUGCCAAUGGACAAGAAAUGGCACGAACAGGGGGGGGAACUAGUCGGAGAAAUCACUGCCUACGCGGAUGGCCCCGAGCAAAUGAGAGAAGUCAUAUCGAUAUUGGCGUCGACCAAGUGAAGCUUUCAAUGUCUGGAGAGUCGAUUCGAGAUGCGGAAGAUUGCUACUUCACCCAAGAAGAGACAGCAGCAUGUGUCGACGAGGCCCAUAAGCAUAAGAAGCGGGUCUGCUCACAUGCUCGAGCUCGAGACUCUGUUCAACAGAGCAUUGACUUUGGGGUGGACGUGAUAUAUCAUGCAUCCUAUAUAGAUGAGAAAGGCAUGGACGCUCUCGAAAAGAGAAAAUCGAAGCACGUAGUAGCACCCGCUAUUAACUGGCUGAUCGCCACCCUCUACGAUGCCGUGAUGUUCGGCUACCCCACUGAGAAGGCCGAGCAAGUAGGCUAUCUGAAGGAGCUUACUGCCGCUGACCGUGCUAUGCGCGAGAUGCAUCGAAGAGGAAUCGUGGUCCUCCCCGGAGGCGAUUAUGGAUUUGCAUGGACGCCACAUGGUACCUAUGCGCGCGACUUGGCACAUUUUGUCGAUCGGUUUGGCUUUACAUCACACGAGUCGAUUAUCGCAGCAACCUAUGGCAUGGCUAAGUUAUUCAUGCGCUCUCACGAAAUGGGCCAGAUCAAAGAGGGCAACUAUGCGGACUGUCUUGUAGUUGAUGGGGAUCCACUGAAGGAUAUUUCUAUUCUGCAAGACCAUGAUCGGUUGAAUAUAAUUAUGAUCAACGGUCGUGUUCACAAGGCUGGGGUCAAGGAGUAUGUGAUCCCAAUGCAGAAUGCAACAGGUGUCCAUUCUAUGACAAAUGAAAUGGUGCAUUUGGAAUUACAACGCCCGAUUCCAUCUUGA